AUGCCGUUUGACGCGUUAAUUCACGAGAAGGUGAAGAAGUUAGUCGUUCCUGCUUUGAAGGAAAAGUAUGGAAUGGAAGUCAGCACGGGCCCUAAAACUGGCGAAGGGAAUGAAGGAUAUGUUUUGAUACAACAUAAAGCGGCCCACUUCAGCACUGAUCACUAUGCGAAAUUUAUCAAUACCACACUCUGCGGACAUCAAGUCCUAAAAGGAAGAGCUCAAACAAAGGUGAAAAUUGACGGUUGGUGGGUUCCUGGACCGGAUAAUCCUGGCCAGUACGGAAGAAAAUACGGGGACGAAGUGCUAAAGCACGUGCCUCACGUGGACUCUUUAAAAACUACUUAUGGAACGUCCCGGUCAAAAUUUCCCAAAUGCUCUGGUCAACCUUCUCAUGCUUGUUUGGACCAAUUUCCGACGGAUGGCAACAUUCAAUUCCGAGGAGACAAGGCAAAAUUUUUCACUGUUUUCUAA